AUGACCACGAAGGACGUACCCAGUCUCACAGUGAAUUUCCCUUCUCGGUAUGACACUGCCGUAGCUUCGCAACGGUACCCCCGCUCCCUUGAAAAAUGGUUCACGUCUGCAGCCAGUACCAAAAGCAAGAAGGCCCCUGGGCUGACAAAGGCGAGCGACGGAGCCGACGAUGAGCCGUCCAUAUCCGGGCGAGCGGAGGAGGGCCGGGAGAAGCAGCGUCAGGAAGAAGGUUGCGACGGAAAUGUCAACGGUGGAUCCGCCCCCGCCGCCUUUGCGGUGAAGGGCGCUAACCCAUUCACGGAGCAGUUUGUGCAGAAGAAGCUUAAAGACAGAAAGAAAGAAUAUUUGAAGCGGAAGGCGGAAAAGAAGCGGCGCAAAGGCACCGGCGGGCAGGUGGUGGUGGAGAAGGAGCUACAAUUGAAAGACCACGUCAAAUUUGGCGAGGUGCACCUCAAGCGCAAGCACUGGGCGGAGAAGGAGAAGACCGCCAACGAGCGGUGCAAGGAGGUAUUCCUGAAGCAGAUGCAGCAAGCGCAGCAGCAGAUUGCAGCUGGGGCCGCGGCACGGACGGAUGAUGGCAUUGCUAUGCGCAAAGGCGGCGGCGGGAAGGGCGGCAAGGCGGCCAAGGGUGCGGAUGGCGAUUCUGCUCAGCAGAACCGCAAACGGAAGGCUCCGAUGGAUGCGGAGACGGAGGAGUUGCGGCAACAAGUUAUUGAGUCAUACCGAGCGGCGAAAAAGGGCACCGGCUUCCACAACUCAACAGUGGGCCAAGCUACUUUGGCCUCGUUGUCUCAUCUUGUGGGCAAGAGCGCCGGCGCCAAGGCGGCAUCCACGGCCGGAGGAGGAAAGAAGACCCACACACUAGCCUAG